GCGAAAGAUUCCACUGGGGAUUUUUCAGCUAUUGGCAUACAGGAUCGAAUGAUUGACAAUUGCGAAACCUUCUAAUGAACCUCGUGCUUGGAAAAGCAAUGAUUCGAGGAUUAAGAAACCGAUAUUCAUUGAGCCGACCUCUGGAUGCAGCAAUUAGUAAAUGACAUCCGAUUUCGCGUCCCAUUCAGCUUGUAUUAGAAAAAAGUCGGACAAAAUACGAGCCAAAGCCAUGAUGCAGGGGGCAACAGCUAACUACCAGACGUCUGCCUACCUACCAGGAGACUUGGAGAGAGACGGUCCCCCUUUGAGCCCCGUUGUUGAUCGGCCCAACUCACAAAAUCUUGGGACGAAUCUUGGAAAAACUGGGAACGCAAAAAGGGUCACGCAGCCGGGUAAAUGCCAAGCCCCUUUGUUUGUACCAUUUCAGCAGCAACAGCCGGAGGAAAAGGGGUGGAGGAGGGGGGCGGUCACUUGUUCCAGCAGCCCCAGUGGAUCACCUGUCGUUUGGGGAUUCCAAAGGGCCAAGAAAAAAAGCAUUGAGCAAAAAAUGGUAAACCGAUCCACAUGGGGUUGGCUGGAAUGGAAUAUCCUGUUAAAUGGUUGGUUCUAGACUUUGGGCCUGGGCACCACAACGUUUACUACUUGCCUUAUGCCAUGUGUUCUAUUAUCCAUGGCAGGCAGCCAAGCCCUUUUGAACGCCAAGUACCGUUUUGGAAAUCCGAUUUCUUGGGAACAAAGCGAAGCAUUCUCCCAUUUCUUGGACAAGGUCUCGGCGCAGGAACCUCCAUACAUCAAAGAUUGUACAAUUUUAGACGAGAAAGGAAAUGGAAGAGAGAGUAGCGAGUGGGAGAUAAAGAAAAUAAUAAUAUAAAUCAAAACAAAAAAGAAUUGCAGAAUCAAAACAGAACCCACUCGCCAAGA